CUUUGACAAUUGCGAAACCGCCCAAGAACUUUAUCUUCUCGCACCACGUUAGACUCUGCUUCAGCACUCUCACAGUAAACUUCGCCCAACAUGGCUAUGGUAGAACCCACCCCGGAGACCUACGGGUUUCCUCCCGUUGCAGAACCAAAACUCGAAAUCAUAGCAACGGACGCCGCUGACCUGAAUUCCGUAACGUUUGUCAUUCACGGCGAAGACCAUACGUUAGGAAACUCCCUGCGAUACAUGAUUAUGAAGAACCCAGCGGUUGAGUUUUGCGGUUACUCCAUCCCGCACCCUUCAGAGUUCAAAAUCCAUUUGCGGAUACAAACAGAUGGCACGAUGACAGCAGCACAGGCGUUGGACAAGGGGUUGGAUGACCUGGUGUCCUUGACGGAACAUGUCCUGACGACGUUUGAGGAGAAGGUGGCUGCGAAGGACGAUUACGAAGUGCGGGAUGGCGCAGAUUUCGAAACCGUAUAGGGAGGGAUCUCUGGCUCGCCACUAGGGCUUUGGGGAUCGAAUUAUUUGCUGAAGCUGGUGGGAGUGGGAGUCGACGGGCCUCCCUCAGCGUUGAUGUCGUGAUGCGACCCCGACGAUUGAUUACGGCGAACGACGCGCUACACGCUCGUCAGCAAUCGCGGAAAUGGAUGCUGGCGGGCUGCGGGCUGGAACGGCACACCUUAGACUGACUGGUGCAGAAUAUAGAAGUGACGCAUCAAGUGGACCGGGAAAUCGAGCUCAUGUGGGAUCGUCAUACCGGUCGUUAUGUACAUAUUUACAUUCUUAACUUAAUACAACAAAUCAUGGAAACG